AUGGGUGAGGGGACUUCCUUCCAGUUACUGGCAGCAGCAAUUGGUUCCAGCCUCCAGCUUCUAUCAGUAUCCCCCAGAACUAAUCAGCAGCUCAACAAGGCUGACCUCAAAAGUUCAGAACCAGGACGAGGGCUCCCCGGCGACAGUCGGUACCAAAGACCUCAGCGUACACGACUGGGUUCAAAACGCGAAGCUUCCAUCAGAAACAAACCAAGACACCCCCUCCCCCCACGACUCCUCCGGGGCAACCUCGAGGUUUCAGAAAGCAGCAACAGAUACUCCCGAGCAAGCAAGCGGCAGUCCAGGAAUGUUUUAACCAGGAGGGGUCUCCCCGCAGCCUACAGAGAACCCCGACGCCGAGGAGCGCCUCUACACUCGAACCCUGACUCCAGCACCCCGGGGGGAAGCGGGCUAUUUGCACAAAGCGCCCCUACCUCACCCUCCACAGUGCGGACACACACACUCGGCUGCGAGGGGGAAGCCCGGGGAGGAAAACCCUGCAUUCCACGCGGUUCGCCCCCGGAGAGCGGACGUGGAGAGGUUGGGGUCCCCGCCCCGGGAGGCGAGGGGGCCGCACCGCAGCCCCGGCCUCCGCGCAGAGGAGCGAGCGGUUCGCACGAAGGAAGGAAUCCCCGAGAUUCGCCCACGGGGUCCUCCCCAAGCCGGACUCCCCACCCCCGCCAAGACCCUCGAAGAAACGGGAACAAUGAGAAGCCGCCUCCCCCGCCAUCCCCGCCCCGAGAGCGGCCGGGGGUGGCGGCGCCAUCUCUCCUCACACCCCCGCGAACACACCCCCCCCCCGGCCCCGGGGCGGCCGUCAGCCUCCCGCAGCCACGCCGAGCUAACGCGCGGCCGAGCCCGCCGCUUCCGCGCCCCUCGCCUACCCGCCCGCCCCGCUCACCGGCUCCUGCUCCAGUCCGGGGCUGCGCUAGCCGCGGCCGGAGCGAGACUCAGUCACUCCAGGACUGACAGAGGGCUCCAGAUUGACAGAGGGCUCACCAUCUUGUAGCUGUAUCACCCAGAACACAGCAACUGAGUCUCUGUGGCAGAGGAAGAAAUGAAAUGCUGUGGGAGCAGAGAAGAGAAGACAAUUUCAAACAAGGAGAAUUUGAGUCUUAGAUCUUGAAGAAUAAGCAGGAUUUUGGUAAGCAGAGAAUGAAACAUUCCUGGAUAAAGGGAACCAAGUGGGCAGGUAAGCAGAGUUCAAUUGCACGGUGUAUUUGAGGAACUGUAAGUGGUCUACUGUGGGUGGUGGAGAGGCUGCGGUGAGGUGUGAGGCUGAAGAGGUUGAUGACUAUUAUGUCGUGUGAGCCUUACUUAAAUAUGAGCUCCGGAGUUCAAAUUUUACUCUGGAAAGCCCAUUGGAAGUUUUUGAAAACAGGAAGUAAUAUGGUACUCAACUUCAUCACUGUGCUUGAGGUGGAUUAAUUAUCCUAGGUUAGAGGAACAGUAAGAGACGCUGGGGAAGUGAUACAAGAGUUAGAUGGACUUUGGACUAGCUUACUCCAAGGUGUUUUCUGACCAUAAGACUUGAUCAUUGGAGAGAAAAAGACAAUUGGCAGAGAUAGCAAAUACUGGCCAAAGUACUUCAGGAAUAAGGUAAUGAGAACCUGGACCUGGUGGUAAUAGAGGGCAUGGAAAAGAAUACACACAUUUGAGAGACAUAUUUGAGAAAGAAAACCUGUGUUAGUGUCAGACUGAAUGUGAGAAGUGAGAGAAAGGAGUCCAAAAAUUCCACAGGGUGCUUGAGAACAGAAUACUCAGAGUCAAUGUUCAGGAAGAGCUAUGGCCCUGAAGUCGGUGGAUUUGCUUGGAUGCUUCUGAAAAGAAAAACUCUUGAGCUCUAUUGUAUUAAAACAGCUUUGUUUUUUAAAACUAGUGGAGAAAGCUUUAGCCCACCAGGAAGCUUGUCCUUCCCCAACAGAUGGAGUUACAAAGCUUGAACUUGGUCCGGGGCAACUCUGUUCCAUAGCAACUAAACCUAGCAAGAGACGUAGCCAUGAAUUAGAAUGGGAUCCGGAAUGUAACCCUUAAGUCCUGGUGUUUUGCUUUGUUCCCUCUGAAGAUUCUAUUCUAGAUAUGUUAAUUUUGUUCUAUCAUUCCUACUGCCCCCUUUGCCCUUACAAUUCCCAAUCCUCUCUUUUUAUAAGGCUACCACUUUUCAUGUCUUGCACCUGGGAGAAUACUAGUACCCAUAAGGGAAGGUCAGAGAGGGUGUUCAUUUGUGAAAAGGAUAAAGAAUUUUAUUUCAGAUGAGUUGAGUGUGAACUAAAGGCAAGAAAUCUAGGUGCAAAUUUCCAGCAGUAGAUAGAAAACACAGAUCUGAGCUCAAAAAAGAAAUUGGAAAUAGAGGUACAGAUUGCAAAGUCCUGGUCAAAAGCUGAGAGUUAAAGUUGCUGAAGAUUCCAAUGGAAAGUGGUUAUAGAGAGAGCCAGAGGGCUCUGCUGUGAAACUUGGAGCUUGGUCACCUCUAUGCAGUGUAGGGAGGAAAAAAGAGUGAAAGGAUCCAAGAACAAAAGAGGCAGUGAAGACAGAUGAGAGAAAAUCCAGGAGACUGUAGCCUCAUGAAAGCAAGGGAAACAGUUUCCAAAAAAAGAGGAUCACAGUCCAUAUUGGUUAAAGUUUUUUAAGUUUAAGAGGUUUGCCAAUAACAGGGAGGCCAAAAGAAAGACAAAAAAAUAAUAUAGAAUUCAAUUAGGCAGAGAGGAGAUUCUUACCAAGUCACAGUAACAUCUAAGGUUGUAAAAUAUGUUACUUGUUUAAAAGGAAAAAAGGGUCUGUCUGAGGGCAUAUGCUCUGUCUGUUGGGAUCUUCAGCAACUCUAACUCUCAGUUUCUGACUAGGACUUUCCAAUCUGUAUUUCUUUUUCUAACUUCCUUUCUGAUUUCAUUCUGUGUUUGAUAUCUAUUUACUAGGUUGGAAGAAAGUGGGCAGGCAGGAGAAUGACCAUCACUGAAAGAAAGGGCUCAGGAAAGAGCCCUAACUUCAUAAUCUCUGAUAGACCUCAAUCUAUGCAUUUUUGUGCCCCAAAUUUUAGGCCAAGUAGGAUGGAAAAUCUGCUACCUUUGGUUGGAUAAGUGAUUCUGUAACCCUGGAAAUAUAUAGAAAAUUAUGAUAUAGCUCAGAAGUAUUGAAUUCCCAUUUUUGUAGUAGUUUAGGGCUAUGUUUUAUAAUAUUGUGAUAAUCCAUAUGUGUUUGUUGAUUAUUUAAAUGUUUAGAUAAAUCAUGCUGUUUAUUCUGUCAGAUAUUUGAAGUAUUUGAAGAUUAUAAAAUUGGAAAACAUAAUUUAAAAUAUUUUAGGGGAAUUUAUCUUUUUGAAACAUAAUUAGCUGAAUAUUAGCCUAAUAACAAGUAAAAGUGAC